GUUUCAGUCGUAAGCAGUCGCUCGCCAUGGCGGAACAAUUCCAUGUAAAAUUUGCGGGCGCGAAUUAUGACAUAAAACAAUUUCUACGCGACCAUCCCGGCGGGGUGAACACUUUGAAAAAUUUCAGAGGGAAAAGUAUUCUAGCCGCUAUGCAGAAAUUUGGACACAGUUCGGGCGCCUAUCACAUGUUGAGUGACUUCAAAGUGAGUGAAGUGGAUGUGAAUUUGACUGGUGCUGUGAGUGAGAACGGCAGGAUUAUAACGAAAGGGGAGGCUGGAAGGGAUUGGCAGGAGGUCGCGUUUCUUGAGGAGUUAGAGGCUCGACUCGACUGGUCCAAGCCUCUUUUACGGCAGCUGGACGCCAUCGCACCUGACUACGACACCUGGGUCAACAGCCCGGUCUAUAGGAAGUGCCGCCUCUUCGAAAGCCCCAUCUUGGAGAGCAUGACCUUCACACCCUGGUUCCUGGUACCCAUGGUCUGGUUACCCAUUAUUUUGUACCUCGGGGUAACGCAAUUUCGGCAGUAUGUUGCGUGUGGAGAUGCCUGCCCCAAGGACUCUAUAUUAUUUUCUACGUACUUGUUGCACGUAGUAUGCGGUGUGGGUAUCUGGACGGCAUUGGAGUACUCGCUGCACAGAUGGGUAUUCCAUCGUAACCCUGGGAAGUCAGUGACCAUGAUCAGGAUACAUUUCUUGAUACACGGGAUGCAUCACAAGGUGCCAUUCGACGGGCUAAGGCAGGUGUUUCCCCCAGUGGCAGCAAUGGUCCUCACCUGCAUCAUAUACACGCCUCUGCAGAUGGUCUUCACUUAUCCAGUCAUCAAGUUAACCGGAGGUCUUAUAGGUUACUUGACCUACGACAUGAUUCAUUACUACGUGCACCACGGGUCACCCAAAGAUGGCACCUACUUGUAUUCGAUGAAGAGGUAUCACUCGAACCAUCAUUUUGUCAAUCAUGAUAAAGCAUUCGGUAUCAGCAGUAAGUUGUGGGAUUACGUGUUCAAGACGUUUGUGAAAGUUAGACAGUUGGGUUUCAGUUUACAGUGGUAGUGUAGUGGUGCUAUUGUAAAAUAUAUGAAUAAUUAAUUAUUGUUAAAUGUGUUAUGUUAAGGUCAGUGAAAGUAACGGUGCAUAAAGGAACUUAACGGAAAAAAAGGUUUGUCCUGAUGGUAUCGUACUAUUAAUAUUUAUCUAGGUAUUUAUAACGGACAAAAAAUGCUUGAAGUAGAGUUUACCAUAUAAAAUCCGUCAUUUGUACCAUUUUUGUUAUAACUAAGCCAAGUGCGUGUUUUUAGUUUAAGCACAGAACACAGUUUUGUGAGACACUAGCGAGUAGAAAUAAAAUAUUGUUUGUAAAGUAUUUUAUCACAAUUAUUAUUUUAAUUGACUAUUGCAGCUUACGCGAUACUACAUGAAAAAAAUAAAAAGAAUUCUUUGUCAGAGUUUGCGUAGGUAAAAGUUUCUAAAUAAAUUUAUUACGUUGUUAUGAGACUGUUUUUACAAUAUUACAAAGGAAGAAGCUAUUAUUGUAGGCUGAAUGGAGUUUAAUUACAUACGACGAAAAAUGAUUAUAUUUGAUCAAAUAAUCAUAAGUAAACGUACAAAAUAUACCAGCAAAUAAAAAAACCUUACGGACUAAAUUAAUGAAUGAAGCUCCAAUUAACUCCUUAACUUGUUAUAAGUUGCCUCUUAAAAACAUCAGAAAAAAACACGACAACAGCGAGAAUAUUUUCAGUUUUGUACAAAAUAAUUUUAAUUUAAUGCUUUAACACUAUGUAAAUAUUUUUAUAGCUUCAUGUUUUACACACAUAAGCAGGUUUAUUGAUAUUAUUAAUUAUCAAUGUUAUAAAUUAGUGCUAGAAUAUUAGGAAUUUUUUAUUUAUAAACAGAAAACAAGUUAGUUCGGCAAACAAAUGCAAGUGUGAUAGGUAUGUGGGAUCACACCAAGAUGUUACAGGAAAUAUGAAACCAUACAAUUAAUUAUUAAACGCACUGGUUAUGUAAUAGGUUAUGUACGUUCGACGG